GUAACUAAAUUCAGAAGGUUUCCCACAAUCUGUGCGAAAAUACUAUUUAUCAAAUUUUAGUACAAUGUCUGAAAAAUUUCUGGAAGUCUCACCGCAUGGUACAUUAACCUUUUGCAAAUCAAACAACAGUCAAGAAAUCACCAUCAGAAAUGUAUCCGAAAAGUCUGUGACCUAUAAGGUGCAAACUACAGUGUAUGGCAAGUUUUCUGUGCGACCCCGUUGGGGAAUGCUGAAGCCCAACGAGCACUCACAUGUCCUGAUAACAAUGUGCAAGGAUGCGGAGCUCUCGAAAAAGGGCCGCGACAAAAUAGUGGUCGUCUGCAUGGCGGCGCCCAUCAAUGCAGUGGACUUCGACAUGACCUCCGCCUUCUGGCGCCGCAAUAUCUGCUACGAUCCGAAUAUCGAGAAGCACCAGCUCACCUGCCAACAAAUGGAUGGGGCGGGGGAGGGCGGUGAUAGGGACCCCGAGGAGCAGGGUGAUCUAAGGACCCGCAGGGGGAUAUUCUCCUCGCUAUCCAGUGUUCGUACGCCUAGCAAGUACUGGCGGUAGUUUUCGGUUGGGUGUGUUAUCCUUGCUGCUGGAGUGUCAAUUAUCCCGCCCGACUGUUUUGCCCUAAUGGCUGCAAUGACUAAGUAAUUGGUUAGCAGCCCUACCUUGCCUUUACGUGUGCCUCUAUGGGCCAACAUUGUUGAUGAUGAGCCUUCAUUAAAAACUAAGAGCCUGUCUA